UUGUAGUUUUUCUGUUUUAAUUUGUCUCAUUUUUGCCAUUUUAUGUCACCUUUGUGUCAUUUUGAGUCUUAAAUUGUCUGAGUUUUGUAGUUUUGAGUCAUAAUUUCUCUAUUUACUGUCAGUUUGUGUUUUAUAUGUCUGUUUUUUUGUCAUUUUCAGCUUUAUUUCUGUAAAUGUGUGUCUCAUUUUAAUAGUUGUGUCUCUCAGUUUGACUAAUUGUUGUAGUUUUGUCUCAGUUUGUCUCAUGUAGAAUGUAGUUUUCAAACAUGAAAACCUGCUCUGACUGGGGGUUUGAGGCUCAGAGAUGAAACUUUAAAUGACUCCUUAGUUUUUCUUCAUAUUCCAACUCCCCCAUAAUCAGAACUGAUUCCAUCUGCUUGUCCAACAUUCCAGAUCCUGAAUCAGUGGUUAGAAAUCAGAGUGAAAGUGGUGGACGGUCAGUUUGUGGCUGCUGGAGGAAGCAGUGUGUUGAUCAGAAGCUGCAGUUUGUGACUCUGCUGCUCCUUCAGUCAGGUUUUAAUUAGACUCAGUCCAUUUGUUGGUCUUUAACAGGAAAAAGGUUGAAUGUUGAAAUAAUCCGUCACAUGAAAUGAGUGGGAAUCAGCCUGUAAAAUGUGCUCUUAUUGUGAAAGUCUGCCUGCUGCUUCCUCAUAGGUGGAGUCCUGACUGGUUCCAGGAAACAGAUCACCUGUCUGAGCGUCCAGGAGUGGACUGGAAACUUUCUUCUUCUUCUUCAGCGCUUUGAAUAAAGUGUAAGUUUGCUUUGUUUGCUGCUUUAACUUCAGUAAUGUUGCUGUUUGUUUCUGCUCUGUGAUGUUUCUACAUGUUCACUUCUUAUUUCAGCACAAACUUUGGAUGACUGCUGUUUAAACAUGGAUCAAUAUGAUUAUUAGGUCAUUGAUUGACUGCAAUCAGUCAAUAUUUCUAUGAGAUUAUUGAUUGACUUGAGUCAGUUUGAUGAGCUGCUGAUGUUUCUUUGUUUGUUCUCAAUCCAAACUGCAUGGUGUCUUUUUGACUUUGGGUUUGUGGGUGAGUCUCUGCAGCUCCAUGACUCCAUCUGCUGGACUGAUAGUAGAAGUGCAGCAGCUGAUCUUUUCCAGGAGGAUUUGAGUGGAUCAAUGAUGUUUGUUUCCUGUGCAGGUGAAGGUAGAAAGUGUGUGUGAGCUGCUGUGUGUUAUUAGUACAUGUAUGUCAGUACACAGAGUACAUGUAUAUCAGUACACAGAGUACAUGUAUAUCAGUACACAGAGUACAUGUAUAUCAGUACACAGAGUACAUGUAUAUCAGUACACAGAGUACAUGUAUAUCAGUACUCUUACACUCCUUCUCAUUCAAUGCUUUUUAUUUAUUUGUGUUAUUUUCUACAUUGUAGAUUAAUACUGAAUAUUAACACUUUUCUGUUUACAACAUAGUUCCAUAUGUGUUCUUUUAUAGUUUGGAUGUCUUCAGUGUUAAUCUUCAAGGUCCAAACUGUUGACUGCUAGUGGAUAUACAGAGUACAUGAAUAAUGAGAGUAUUUUCAUUACAUUUUAACAGAUGCAUACAGAUUGUGUGUAUAUUUAUACUGCAGUAUAAUAGUAUAAUAGUACAGUAUUUUGAAUCCUUAUACUCUGCAUGUAGUAGUACUAUUACAUGCAUUAAACAGUACUAUUACCAGUGUGUAACGGUACUGUACACAUUAAUGUACUUUAUUUCCACUAUUUUAUUUCCUCCAUGGUGUCUCGACCACUUCAUGGUGUUUUUGGUCCGUUUCAGGCGAUCGCUGCCCCCCCACCACACCAGCUUUUCCACAAUCAGCUGAUCACCUGAUCAGCUCUAUGCCAAGCAGAUGUGUUGCACUGGGAGGCUAAUGGUCCCACCAGAUACUGACUGGUUUUCUGACCCCCCAGUACAGUUAAAGUGCACAUUUCACAGUGUCCUUUUAUUGAGGCCAGUCUGAGGAACACCUGAGCAAUAAUCCUGCUGUCUAAUCAGCAUCUGGAUCUGCCUGAAAUCUAUGUGGAUCCAUGAGAGACAUUUCUUGCAGUAAUGAGCUGUUUAGUAGCAGUCAGUGUUUGGUCUGGACUCUGAACAGACUCAGUAUAAAAGUAUAAAACCCUGAUAUGAGGCUCUGAUCCUGGACCAGAUAGAAAAUCAUUAACCUGAAGGACAUUCUGGUGGCAGAUAUUGUUCAGAAAACAAAAUGAGUCGACAGUAAAGCUGAAGUUUCCUCCAUAAACUCAGAUCCUGCUUGGUAGUCCAGACCUCAGAGCUGAUUCAUGGUUCAGCCUCCAUUUUACUCUGAACUAAAAUAGAAACUUAACACUUUUGUUUUCGCUCCCAUUUUUCAUGAGUUGAGCUCAAAGAUCUCAGACUUUUUCUAUGAACAUAAAAGGUCUGUUUCUCUCCAAUAUUGUCCACAGAUGUGUCUAAAUGUGUGUCAGUGAGAACUUCUCCUCUGUCCAGAUAAUCCAUCCUCCUCACAGGUGUGGCAGAUCCAGAUGCUGAUUAGACAGCAGGAUUAUUGCUCAGGUGUGCCUCAGGCUGGCCUCAAUAAAAUAAUAACAUUUGCUGUCUGAUGGUUUGGUCCAGAGGUUCUCUAAAGGGUUAAAGAGGGCAGGACUAAGUGGGCAGCUCUGUCUGCAUCCUCUUUGCAGGGCUCUAGAGUUGGACAAAUUCCCCUUUAUUUAGAUCCUGGUGGUGGGAGAUGAGUGGAUUGUUUUAAUGGUUGUAUAAAUUUACUAGUGAACCCAAAUCCAGCCUUUACUUGGUAGAGAAAUUCCAGCCAACAGAGUGGGACGCCUCAUUGGCCGGAUAUUAUUGAUCUAUAUCCUGGCAAGAAAUCUCCCAGCUAAGUUUUUCAUUCUACUAGUCCAUGAGAGACAUUUCUUGCAGUAAUGAGCUGUUUAGCAGCAGUCAGUGUUUGGUCUGGACUCUGAACAGACUCAGUAUAAAAGUAUAAAACCCUGAUAUGAGGCUCUGAUCCUGGACUCCAGUCUGACUCUGAUCCUGGACUUGUUCUGUGAAGGAUCAGAGUUCAUGUUUAUUUGGAGCCUCUGUUGGUCAAAGUGUAAUAAUGUGGGAUCAUCUUUGUGUUGUGGUCCAGUGACUGCAGAGUGACUUCCAUGAGUAAUAUUUAACAGACAACAGUGAGCGCCCCCUGCUGGUUCCCCUCAGUGUUGCUGUCAGUGAUCCUGUAGGAUUAACUGCAGUCCUGCUGCUACACAACAACCUCCACCACACCAACAACACAACUGUUCAUUAACUGCUGACAUAUUCUUUGACUUUAUCAGGGAGACACGAUGACAUCAGAGGUGCUCUUGAACAUCCUGGAUGAUCUGGAUGAUGAUCAGUUGUCUAAAUUCCAGUGGUUCCUGCAGAAACCCAACAAUGUUCAAGGCCUCCCAGCCAUCACAAAGAGCCGACUACAGACACUAGACAGGUGUAAAACUGUGGAUGUGAUGGUGGAGACUUAUGGACUUCAGAGAGCUGUGCAGGUGACCAGGGUGGUUUUAGAGAAGAUCUCCAGGAAUGAUCUGCUGCAGAGGUUUCCUGCCAGCAGCUCAGGACCAGAAGUUCAUGUCAGUGAUGUUGGGGAGACUUCAGAGAACAGAGAACCUUCCUCCUCUCAGACUCAGCCUCCUCUUCCUCACACUGAAGAUGAGACUGUUCCGGUACCAGAACCAUGUCCCAUCAGAUAUUACCAACAGAAGCUUCAGUCAAACUUCCAGGACACGUUUAAGGUUACAACAGAGGGGUGGGCAGCAGAUGAGCAGCUUCUGGUUGAUAUCUACACAGAGGUGUACAUCACAGCUGGCCGGGACGUGCACGUCAACACACAGCAUGAGGUCCUACAGAUUGACAAGGUGUGGAAGCCAUCAGACACAGAGACACAGAUCCAACCCAGAGACAUUUUCAAGCAUCCUUCUGGAAAAGACAUACCCAUCAGAACAGUUCUGACCAAUGGAAUUGCAGGGAUUGGAAAAACAUUCCUCGUGCACAAGUUUGUGUUGGACUGGGCCGAAGAAAGAACCAAUCAAGACGUCCAUCUUAUUUUCCCGUUCACUUUCCGUGCCCUGAAUUCACUGCAGGGAAAAGAGUUUGGUUUGGCAGAGCUCAUUCAUUUCUGUAUCCCAGAAACUAAAGACAUCACAGUGGAGGCUCUGAAUUACAUCUUUACAGCUCUGCAGUCAUCAGGAACCAGCAGCUACAAGAAGAGCAGAUUCAAACUGCUGUUUGUGUUUGAUGGACUGGACGAGAGUCGCCUUCAUCUGGACUUUGAUGUCAACAACAUUCCCUCUGUGGAUGUAACAAAAUCAACUAAAGUAGAAGUCCUGCUGAGAGAACUUAUCAGUGGAAAACUGUUACGCUCAGCUCGCCUCUGGAUAACCACACGACCUGCAGCAGCCAAUCAGAUCCCUCAAAACCUCGUCAACACUACAACAGAGGUUAGAGGGUUCACCGACCCACAGAAGGAGGAGUACUUCAGGAAGAGAUCCAGAGAUGAGGAGCAGGCCAGCAGUAUCAUCUCCCACAUGAAGAAGUCACGAAGCCUCCACAUCAUGUGCCACAUCCCAGUGUUCUGCUGGAUCACUGUUACAGUUCUGGAGGAGCUGCUGGAAACCAGAGAGGAAGGAGAUCUGCCCAGAACCCUGACUGAGAUGUACAUAGAGUUUCUAAGAUUUCAGAUAGAUCACACAAAAGAAAAGUAUGGUCCAGAGAAGUGCAUUCAGUACAUUAAGUCAUUAGCUAAACUGGCUUUUGAACAGCUGCAAAAGGGCAACCUGAUCUUCUAUGAGAAAGAUCUGAGAGAAAGUGGCAUCGAUGUGAGUGAAGCCUCAGUGUACUCAGGAGUGUUCACAGAGAUCUUCAAAGCAGAGCGGAGACGGAAACAGGAAAACAAGGUGUUCAGCUUUGUCCAUCUGAGCGUUCAGGAGUUUCUGGCUGCUCUUCAUGUCCAUCUGACCUUCAUUAACUCUGGAAUCAACUUGCUCAAACAACAAACAACAUCCUGUUGGUCUGAAAUGUUCCAAAGUUAUUCAACAGUUUUCUACCAGACAGUUGUGGACGAGGCCUUACAGAGUCCAAACGGACACCUGGACUUGUUCCUGCGCUUUCUCCUGGGUCUGUCACUGCCGACCAAUCAGAAUCUCCUACCAGGCCUGCUGACACAGACAGGAAGUAGCUCACAGACCAAUCAGGAAACAGUGGAGUACAUCAAGGAGAAGAUCAGUGAGAAUGUGUCUAUAGAGAGAAGCAUCAAUCUGUUCCACUGUCUGAAUGAACUGAAGGAUGUUUCUCUCGUGGAGAAGAUCCAACAGUCCCUGAGAUCAGGACGUCUGUCCACAGAUAAACUGUCUCCUGCUCAGUGGUCAGCUCUGGGCUUCAGCUUACUGUCAUCAGAAGAACAUCUGGACGUGUUUGACCUGAAGAAAUACUCUGCUUCAGAGGAGGUUCUUCUGAGGCUGCUGCCAGUGGUCAAAGCCUCCAAGAAAGUUGUACUGAGUGACUGUAAUCUGUCAGAGAGAAGCUGUGGAGCUCUGUCCUCAGUCCUCAGCUCCCAGUCCUCCAGUGUGACAGAGCUGGACCUGACUAACAACAACCUGCAGGAUUCAGGAGUGGAGAGUCUUUCUGCUGGACUGGAGAGUCCACACUGUAAACUGGAAGCUCUCAGGUCAGGACUCACACUUUGAAACGGAUGUGAUUUCUAUCAGUGGAUAAACAGCUAAACUGAGUAGAAUCAUUUCUGCUGAUGGGAUUCAUCAAAUGAGCUUUUACUGAACUUGUGCAGAACUUUGUCAGAGUUUAUUUUUGACAUGAUUAAAUCCCACUAAUCAUUGUUGAGAUUGUUGAUUUGCUGGAGAUGCAUGAAAUGUGCAGCAAAAUGGAGGUAAAAGACAAAGAAGACAAGAAAGAGUGAGAAACAUCCAUCCAAGUGUUGUCCAUCAGGUUUGUGUUGUUUUGUGUGUGCAGGCUGUCAGGCUGUCUGGUCACAGAGGAAGGCUGUGCUUCUCUGGCCUCAGCUCUGAGCUUCAAGACCUCAAAUCUGAGAGAGCUGGACCUGAGCUACAACCAUCCAGGAGACUCAGGAGAGAAGAUGCUGAGAGCUAAAGUGGAGGAUCCAGACUGUAGACUGGAAACUCUCAGGUACAGACAGACAGACACUCUCAGGUACAGACAGACAGACACUCUCAGGUACAGACAGACAGACACUCUCAGGUACAGACAGACAGACACUCUCAGGUACAGACAGACAGACACUCUCAGGAAACUACCAUCCUAGUGUUGCAGACCAAGUCUGCUCCUUUCCAUCGGUAGGUUUCAGGGUGUGUGAGACGUCAGAGGAAGUGCUGCAGCAGUAGGAAGGAAGAAGAACAGUGAAGCUGAAGAAGGGUGAUGUUUAGGUGCAGCUGCAGUCACAGCGCAUGUUAUGGUCCAAACAGAGAAGUAGAUCCAAGUGUGUUCUGGAGAAGCUGAGUGUGUGUACAGUGAGCUGCAGAGCUUGAAUAAAGUUCCUCGUUCUCCACUGCAGAGUUGGUCCGGAUUCUGAAUACAAUUUGUUACCAACAGCGAGCCACGCUAAGGUAAGUGAGCUAGCGUUUACCCGAGGCUGUCCAACUACGCUUCAGAGGCGAACAAAACCGGGUCGUUAACACUAGCUUAGCACAAGACUGGAAGCACGGGAAACUGUUAGCCUAGCUUAGUUCAAAGACAGGAAGCAGGGUAAACUGUUAGCAUAGUUUAGCUCAAAGACAGGAAGCAGGGUAAACUGUUAGCAUAGUUUAGCUCAAAGACAGGAAGCAGGGUAAACUGUUAGUCUAGCUUAGCUCAAAGACAGGAAGCAGGGUAAACUGUUAGCCUAGCUUAGCUCAGAGACAGGAAGCAGGGUAAACUGUUAGCCUAGCUCCAUGAACAGAGGAAGCAUAAAUGAGUAAAGCUGAAUAAUGAGUGUAAACUGAGCUGGAACGUGACGAGCACAGGACAGGACUUUAGAGAUGCUGCAUUCAGGUGUCUGUGUCUCCAUGUUGGACUGGUCCUUUAUCAGUGGAACAGUGUGAGAGCCAUGUAACGUCCAUGUGUGCUGCUGAAAGAGUCGCUGCUGCUCUGACCGUCCUCCUCCUUUCAGGGUGACGCCUGCUGGAGUCCGAUGGUUGACACCAGGUCUGAGGAAGUAUUCUUGUCAACUCACAGUCGACACAAACACAGUAAACAGAAAACUCAAACUGUCUGACAACAACAGGAAGGUGACACUUGUGGAGGAGGGUCAGUUGUAUCCUGAUCAUCCAGACAGGUUUGACUGGUAUCAGCUGCU